AGUGAAGAUGGCGGUUGUUUAGGUCAGUCAGUCUGCUCUUCAGCACAGCUUAGCUGUUAGCUGGCUACUGAAUUCAGACCUUUGGAGAGGAGCACCACAGUGGGAUUCGUACUUUAAAAACCGCCAGCUCCUUUAGACGAGAAUUUCAAAUGCGUUAUUUUGGUUGUACGAGGUUGUCCCCUUGAGUACUACCACAUAGCACUCGUUUUUACCGCUUUGAAGGAACCAAAGUGGGCGGGUUUUGAUUAUUAGCUAGCUCGCUAGCUGAGUUAACAGCUAGUUUCAUAGGCGUGACGCUACCCAGCUAGCUGUCUAGCUAAUAUCUGUCAGGUAGCAGGUGUAUUUAACUAACGUUGACCAUCAAAUGCAGUGAACGCUUGUUCGGUGGUUGUGUCAGCUAUAAGGUACCUGUCUUACUCGCUGGCUAAUUAUUGUGAGGACUCUUUCCGUUUGUGGACUGUCUGUGAGUUUUACAAACUAGCAAGCACGCUAACAACAACCACUUUUUUCGGGUUUUUUUUGCUGUUUUUUUUUCUUUCAGUUACUUUUUUUUCGUUUUGACGAGGGGAGUUAUCAAACAAAUGUCGGAUAAUCAGAGCUGGAAUUCUUCAGGCUCCGAGGAAGAUUUGGAAACUGAGUCCGGACACGCUGUUGUUGAGUUUGGAGGAGUCCUGAGCAAGUGGACCAAUUAUAUCCACGGAUGGCAGGACCGCUGGGUAGUGUUGAAGAACAACACUUUGAGCUACUACAAGUCGCAGGAUGAGCGGGAGUACGGCUGCAGGGGGUCGCUGUGCCUCAGCAAGGCUGUCAUCACGCCCCACGAGUUUGACGAGUGCCGGCUGGACAUCAGCGUAAAUGACAGCGUGUGGUACCUGCGGGCCCAAGACCCAGAGCACCGGCACCAGUGGAUCGACUCCAUCGAGCUCCACAGGGCAGAAUCUGGCUAUGGCUCCGAGUCCAGCCUGCGUCGCCACGGCUCCAUGCUGUCCCUCACGUCUGCCGCCAGCGGCUACUCCGCCACCUCGACGUCGUCCUUCAAGAAGGGGCACAGCUUACGCGAGAAGCUGGCGGAGAUGGAGACGUUCCGGGACAUUCUGUGCAGACAGGUGGACACCCUGCAGAAGUACUUUGAUGGCUGCGCCGACGCCGUCUCCAAAGACGAACUCCAGAGGGACAAAGUCGUAGAGGACGAUGAAGACGACUUCCCCACCACUCGUCCAGACGGGGAGUUUCUGCACAACAAUAAUGGCAGCAAGGAGAAACUGUUCUCGUCUCUGAGCCACAGAGGAAUCAAUGGGAUUGAUUUCAAGGGGGAGGCGAUCACCUUCAAGGCCACCACCGCCGGGAUCCUGGCCACGCUGUCCCACUGCAUCGACCUCAUGGUGAAGAGGGAGGACAGCUGGCAGAAGAGACUGGACAAGGAAAUGGAGAAGAGGAGGAGAGUGGAGGAGGCCUGCAAGACCGCCAUGGCAGAGCUGAAGAAGAAGUCUCACUUCGGAGGCCCCGACUAUGAAGAAGGUCCAAACAGCCUAAUUAAUGAAGAUGAGUUUUUUGAUGCUGUUGAAGCAGCCCUCGACAGACAAGAUAAAAUUGAAGAACAGACCCAGGCAGAGAAGUCCAGGAUACACCGGAGCAGUCCCGUGCCCUCGGGAGACGCCUUCUCCACCAGCGGCACCCACAGGUUCGCCCAGAAGCCCUAUAGUCGCUCUUCCUCCAUGUCUUCCAUUGAUCUAGUCAGUGCCUCUGACGAUGUUCACAGAUUCAGCGCGCAGGUGGAGGAGAUGGUGCAGAAUCACAUGACCUACUCUCUGCAGGACGUGGGAGGAGACGCCAACUGGCAGCUGGUGGUUGAGGAGGGGGAGAUGAAGGUGUAUAGAAGAGAAGUGGAGGAGAACGGCAUUGUACUGGACCCGCUGAAAGCCACUCACGCAGUUAAAGGAGUCACAGGUCACGAAGUCUGCCACUACUUCUGGGAUACGGAUGUCCGAAACGACUGGGAGACGACCAUUGAAAACUUCAACGUGGUGGAAACGUUAUCGGACAAUGCUAUCAUCGUCUACCAGACGCACAAGAGAGUGUGGCCUGCCUCGCAGAGAGACGUUCUUUACCUGUCAGCAAUCCGCAAAAUCGUGGCCAACAACGAGAACGAUCCCGACACGUGGCUGGUGUGCAACUUCUCGGUGGACCACGACAGCGCCCCUCCCAGCAACAGGUGUGUUCGUGCCAAAAUCAACAUCGCCAUGAUCUGUCAGACCCUGGUCAGCCCACCAGAGGGAGACAAAGAGAUCAGCAGAGACAACAUCCUCUGUAAAAUCACCUACGUUGCUAAUGUGAACCCGGGCGGCUGGGCUCCUGCGUCUGUCCUCAGGGCAGUGGCUAAGAGGGAGUACCCCAAAUUCCUCAAGCGCUUCACCUCCUACGUCCAGGAGAAGACCGCCGGCAAGCCCAUCCUUUUCUGAAUAGAUCAGCGCCCUGGCACGCUGGCACGGCCGCCCACCCGCUCUCUCUGCCCUGCUCUGCGCUGCCCCCUGCUGACGGAAGCGACACCGAGCACACAUUCCCACACAGCCGCCGAGGGGCUGGUUAGCAGGGCGGCUGCAACCUGCCCUAGCCCCCCCCCAAACCCACCCACCCCUCUCCAGACUGUUCUGAGCUGUCCAACACUACCGGUGUGCUCCCCCCAGCUGCAUCCCCCAGAAGCUCCAUAAACCCAGGCUCGGAGGCUUUAGUGAGCGUUAGCUUACACGUCACUGUAGAACCGCAAGAGAAUAGCCAAA